AUGUCGGUACAAAAGAAAGCCCGGACACAUUCUGCAGGCCUUUAUGUGGGCGCAGACAAACACCGUUGGUGGAAAGAAGCCGUCGUUUAUCAGAUAUACCCUGCAUCUUUCCUCGACACGAAUGGCGAUGGAUGGGGCGACGUUCCCGGAAUAACCCAAAAGCUGGAUUAUCUCAAAGACUUGGGUGUAGACGUGAUAUGGGUUUCUCCGAUCUAUAAAAGCCCUCAGGCUGAUAUGGGCUAUGACAUCGCAGACUACGAGGACAUCGACCCGAGCUAUGGCACUCUCGCUGAUGUUGACAACCUCAUCAAAGAGGUCAAGAAGCGCGACAUGAAGCUUGUUAUGGACUUGGUAGUCAACCAUACGUCGGACCAGCAUGCAUGGUUCCUUGACUCACGCUCAUCCAAAAAAUCAUCGAAGCGUGACUGGUACAUUUGGAAGCCUGCCAAAUACGACGCAGACGGUAAUCGCCAGCCCCCGAACAAUUGGGCAAUGAUUCUCGGUGAAGCAAAUCCAGCAUGGACCUGGGACGAGGGUUCAGAAGAAUACUACCUGUCUCUCUUCACACCCGAACAACCAGAUCUCAACUGGGAGAACCCAGAAGUGAGAGAAGCAGUCCACAAUGUUCUGCGCUUCUGGCUCGAUCGCGGUGCUUCUGGUUUCAGGAUGGACGUUAUAAACCUAAUCUCAAAAGUGCAAGAAUUUCCGGACGCCGACGUCGUCGUACCAGGUCACAAGUACCAACCUGGAGACAAAUACUUCGCAAAUGGACCGCGACUUCACGAAUGGCUCAAAGACAUUAAUCGCCAGGUACUCUCAAAAUAUGACACUAUCACGGUAGGCGAGAUGCCAUUCGUACGUGAUGAAGACGAAAUUAUCCGCGUCGUUGGUGCAGAAUCGGAAGAGCUCAACAUGAUCUUUGCGUUCGAUCUAGUUGAUAUUGACAAUGUUCCCGGUGACUUCAAGUUCACUCUGCACCCAUGGGAUGCGCAUGACCUAAAACGCAUAAUUAGCAGGUUACAAAGGCUUAUGCUUGAGCGUGACGGCUGGAACUCGCUCUUCGUCGAGAACCAUGAUCAGCCUCGAAGUGUAUCGCGCUACACUGAUGAUAGCGACCAGUGGCGCGAGAUUGGGGCAAAGCUGCUGUGCAUGAUGCAGACAACUCUAGCCGGUACGAUAUAUAUAUAUCAAGGCGAGGAGAUUGGCAUGCGUAAUGUGCCUCCCAGCUGGGGUCCGGAGGAAUACAAGGACAUAGAAAGCAUCAACUUUUUCAAGAAAAAUGCCGAGAUGUACCCUGACGAUGCCGACAAGCGAGCAUAUGCGCGCAAGGUUAUGCAGCGCAAGGCCCGUGACAACGCUCGCACUCCCGUGCAAUGGGAUAGUACGAGCCACGCUGGAUUUACUUCCGCGAAGUCGAAGCCAUGGAUGCGCGUGAAUGAUGACUACACAGAUGUAAAUGUGGCUGCGCAAACAUCCGGGGCGAAGGCUUUUACUUCAGUCCACGCAUUCUGGAAGCGAGGCCUGGCGUACCGCAAACAGAACAAAGAUCUCUAUGUUUACGGUGACUUCGAACUAUUCAAUCCAGAUGAAGACCCAAAAGGUGCUGAAAUCAUGGCAUAUCGACGUUGGAGCAAAGAUCGUGAUGUGCUGGUUGUGUUGAAUUUCAGCGGGAAAGAGGUUGAGUGGAAUUUGGUCGACGGAAUGAAGGUCAAGCGAUGGGUCGCUGGAAAUUACGGAGAAGAGGCCUUAGAGGAGAAAGCAAAGAAUGCGUCGGUGUCAUUGAAACCAUGGGAGGGACUAAUUGGCGAGCUGGAGUAG